GCAGUCUUCCAAACUCAUGACCUUGGAGGACAGAUGCGGUUGCAAUGUCCUUGCGAGUCAUAUUUACAAUGCGUUAGGAUCCAUGGUAACCUUAUAAUUUCAUAUUCUGCGUAUAGUUUGAAGAUCAUCGUCUGAUCCAUGUUAGUCCCAGAAUAGUGAAUAAACUAGUAGAUUUCAUACGUUAUGGACCGAAGAAUAUGCAAGUAAGAAAUCUCUGUAAAUAUUAAUGUGAGGUUGUUUGUGAUUUUGAUCACACAUUGUCCAAAUACAUUCACAAUUCUGAGAAGGUCCCUGUUUGUCAUGGUAAUUCUUGUUUGUUUGAGAUAAUACAGUAAACAUGGAAGAAUUGUUCAUGAAAAAUCCUAGAAUUCCUGAGAUAUCUAGAUUACGGGUAAGUAGGUCUUCAAUUUUUAUUUUCCUAGCUCAAAGAGCUUCUGGACCUUUAUUUACCGCUUGAAACGUCUUGCGGCAUAUAUGAGUGCGAGAAGUUGUCACUCAUGAUGGAAUUUUGGAAAUUGGCCCAUAAAGCAUUGGUUGAUGGGAAUGUAUCUCGAAGUGAUAUUGAUGGUUGUGUUUUGGAAGGUGGAAUAGUCUUAAGGAAUAAUGCAACUGAUUUUGUAAAUAAGUUGGCUGAACUCAGCAUACCACUAAUUAUAUUCUCUGGAGGCAUAGGAAAUGUUAUAGAGACAGUUCUGACAUCGUCAGGUGUAUCCUUGGAAAAUGUUCGUGUUGUUUCAAAUUUUAUGGACUUCAAUCCUGAAGGUCGUUUGGUUGGAUUUCAAGAUCCUGUUAUUCAUUCUCUUAAUAAAAUGUAUAAUGUAAUACAAAAUUCUGAAUAUUUUGAAACCAUUCUGUCGAAAAGACUUUGCAUUCUGCUUAUUGGUGACUCAACUAAUGAUGCAAAGAUGAUUGAUGAUGGGGAAAAGUUUUAUUAUGAACAAGUUAUAGUUAUUCGUAUAGGAUUUUUAAAUGAAAAAAAUGACGAGAAAGUGGAAUUAUUCAGUUCAUUAUACGAUCUGGUUCUUUUGAAUGACGAGACAUUUGAUAUUCCUUUGUUCAUCUUAUCAUCUAUUGUUGAUUCUACUGAACUAUGUAAACAUGAGAGCAACAAUGAGACCCCAAAUAUCUGACAAUAAUGCUUUUAAAGACAUGGGUGUUUCUGAUAAAAACUGUAUUCUAAUUAUAAUAAAGUAUUUAAAUCCUU